UUGGUGUCGGGGGCGCAGCGCGGGCGCGAGCGGCAUGCGGCCCCGGCGGCAGACGCCCAUGGAGGUCGGCUAGCGGCGCGCGCGCAUCCCCCGCGCCCGCGUCCCCCGCACCGCCCCGCUGCCGCCAUGGACCUCGCCGACGUGCCUCGACAUCGACCCCUCGCCUUCGAUAAAAUGGAAAGUUUGAUAAAGGAAAUGCAAGAUCCAGAAACCGGCGUGCCCGUGAGAAGUCAGAAACUAUUUCUUAGUGUUAUUCCAUCUGCUUUUAUGGGAUACGACCUCGUCGAAUGGCUGAUGGAGCGAUUCAAUCUUGAUGAAGCAAACAAUAUUGAAGCAAUAAACUUAGCCAAUCAACUCUGCCAAUACGGCUACUUCUUUCCUGUCAACGAUUCAAAAAACCUUGUGUUAAAGGAUGACUCUUCUCUUUAUAGAUUUCAAAGUCCAUAUUACUGGCCGUGGCAAGGCCCUCGUGUGGCCGGCGGCGGGUCGAGUGCGCCAUCACUAGGCCCAGACAACGUGGAGUAUGCCAUCUACCUCGUGAAGCGGACUCUACGUAAUAAACAGCGGCAUGGCCUCGAGGAUUACGAACAAGAGGCGCUCGCAAAGCUCAAGAAGAACCUCGCCGCGAAAUGGGACUUCAUUACUAUGCAAGCGGAAGAACAGGUGAGGUUAGCAAAGGAGCGGAAGAAGGGAGACAAAAUCGUUAGUGAUAGUCAAGAGAGGGCGUACUGGCGAGUAGCGCGGCCGCCGCCCGGAGUGCCGAGCGCACUGGAGCCCUGCCCGGUGCCCGUGCGCGUGCGCCACCCCAGACCUAAGAAAAGGUCGAUACACCAGCUCACGAGAGAGAUCGAACACCUAAAAGCAAGCCUGGAUCGCACAAGAGUGAAGACAUCUAUUGCCCUGGAAGCCCUCGUGGCCUAUUCAGAAACCUUCGCUCCCUACGAUCCCUGGCUCACGCCGCCGCAGCCCUCAAAUCCCUGGGUUUCGGACGAUACACUAUUUUGGCAAAUAAAUAGUCCAUUAGUGGAGGUGCCAAGUGAGAAGCGUGUGCAGCGCUGGGCUCUAUCGAUCGAGGAACUGGUGUCAGAUCCUACGGGCCUGCAGGAGUUCACCAGUUUCUUGCGCAAAGAGUACUCGCACGAGAACAUACGGUUUUGGUUAGCAGUCAUGGACCUGCGGCGCAGCAGCACUAAGCAGAUACCUAAAAAACUUGAGGAGAUUUAUGAGGAGUUCCUAAAGCCAGGCGCACCGUGCGAGAUCAACAUCGACGGUGCGACGGCGGAGCGCGUCACAGAGGGCCUGCGCAGCGGGUCACGCUACGCCUUUGACCACGCCGCCGACCACGUGUACAGCCUGCUCCUCAAGAAAGACUGCUACCCGCGCUUCAUUCGCUCGGAUCACUUCCAACGUCUGCUCACUGAGGGCAGGAACGUACAUCAGAAAAAAGCAAAGUUCUUCAACUUCGGUGGGCAAGUGAAGAAGAAGCCGGGUUCGACGGGUGGCACGGGGGGCGCUGGUAGUGCGGGGCUGACGCGGCGGCGUGGCUCGGACCGCUCGCUGUCGGGCUCCGCGCACGAGCUGGCCGUGUGCGCAGCGCAGCCACCGCGCGCCCCCGACCCGCCGCCGCACAGCCACUCGCAGUCCAACUUGUGCGACAUACCCUUCAGGGAUCCCCUUGAAGACGAUACUGCGGACGUCCUUCCGUGGGAAUGUUCAUCGCGUGAAGGUGCGUACGGCGGUGCAAGUAGGAGGCGUCAGGACUCUGCUGCGGAUUCGGGCAGUUCUUCUUCGGACGUGAGCUCGGCGGUGGCAGUCGCGGAACGCACACGGCGCCUCCCGCAACAGAGUACUUUAGACGGCGGGCUGCGCGGUGCUCCGCCGCCGCUGCGCCGCCUGUCCGCGGUGGAGCCGCGCCACCUGGCGCCGCUCGCGUCCCCGCCGCACUCGCCGCGCCCACCGCGCGCCCAACCCGCCGCGUCCGCCGUGCCUCCCGCACCCCCUGUGCCUCCCGCCCCGCCGCACCCAACGCCCACCAUCAGUGUCAGCUCGGCGCCAGACGAGGAAUCUGCCGGUUCCCCACCCGAAACCGGCUCACCCGAAGAACGCCGCUCGGUCGCGCCGUCGGAAGAACCUUCCUCGGUUUUCGCUUCGGCAGACGUCACACCGACGGAACCCUCUCUUGCCAACUUCAAAUCGAUCGACGAUCGGUGUGCUCUCGCUCUUGUGAAAACAAUCUCUACUUCUAUACCUAGUUGUGAUACGAGAACUGACGUUUUGAAUGUAGAUGUUAAUGUGCAAACGAACGAAUUGUCAGCCGUAGCGCCGACGAUGGAGUCACACGAAAAGUCCGACGUCCCCGGUGCGGAUAUAAAAGACUCCGAUGCUACGAAGUCGUCGCAGGACGAUGUCGUAUCGGUGCAAAAAAUGCUGUCCCGAGAACAAUCAACGACUAAAGAAAGCAGUCCGGCCUCAUAUAAAGAUAUAAGUUUCAAAAUCGGCGAUCUUCCAGUGAGUGUAUCCGAUAAGCACGAGGCGAUGAAUUCAGUAGAAAUAUUUUGCCCCGUGGGUACACUGAGUGAACCACAGGAAGUUGUGGGACACCCACCAGAGAAAGACUCUGCCAAAGAGCAAACGUUAAAGCCGAUGGAGUAUACUUCACACACUGCAAUUGAUGAGUCACCGAGUGGCACGUGCAUGACUGUGUGUGUGAGGGCAACGGUUGAGGCGCCGGUGGUCCGGCCGCCGGUGGCCGUGGCACCGCUCGCGGUUAGCGAAGACAUCGGCGUCGACGAAGACACCGUAGACAAAGUGCCUUUGGCGCCCCCGCAACGAGUCUCAACAGAAUGCAAAGCGGCGUCUGAGUCUGACGCCAUGAAAAAAAUUGCUCAUAAAGACGAACUGUCGUCAGUCUCAGAAUCAAAUAUUGUUAAGUGUGAGAAUAAAGGCGUUAUCAGUGAGCGUAAGCAGCGGAAUGACAUAUGUCCAUGGGAGGACGAGAAUUCCUGCGAGAGUGAUGCUCCAUUUGUUAAAACUUACGCUACGCUCGGUUAUUUAUAA